AAAAACUCGGACACUUCAAAUUUCAACCAAGAUCUCAUAUGUCAAUCCCAUAUCUUAACCAUUAUACCGUCCGAAGUCAUAAUUCGGAGACAUGACAGUAGGACCGCGUGGCCCAAUCAUGUACAGGUCGUCGAUGUCUUUAUACUACUGCAGCAGAACACGAAAGCGCACCAUCUCUCGAUUCCCACUUCCGCCAUUUCCCCUUCAGAGAAUCUAGCCAUGGAGAAACGCAAUCUCAGAGAGUCGAGGACCUCGGACGACGAUUUCCAAGAGGUAAGCAGCAUGGAGUGGGAGUUCAUCGACAUGUCAGAGCAAGAGAAAGACCUCGUUCACAGGAUGUAUAGACUCGUCGGAGACAGGUGGUCACUGAUAGCCGCUCGAAUCCCCGGGCGUACACCUGAAGCAAUAGAACGGUUCUGGAAAAUGGCUUACGAUCCUUGUUUCGCUGAAAGGAGGCUAAAGAGAAGAACGAGAAUGUCAAGCGACCAUGGAAAUGGAGACGCAAGGCAGACAGAUGCCCCACCUGAAACGAAUGUUCAGCUACCACUGAAUAACAUUAAAUAAGAGGGGCCAAACUCAUUAACGCACUGGGAGGAGGUGAAGGAAGGAAAGGGAAGGAGUAGAGAAAUUUGAAAUAUUGUUUGGGAAGGAGUGAGUUAAGUAAAAGAAAGGUUAACCUUAUUUAUCUAUAUAUGAAAUAAAAGAAUUUCUAACA